UUAUUUACAUAUAACGCGUAAUUUAGAUUAGAAUUAUUUAAUGUCAAUUUUUCAAAUACCAUAAAACUCAUAUUCAGCACAAAAUGUUAUGUCAUAGUUACAUACAAUUUUUAUUUUAGUACAUUUAUUUUAACAAUUAGGCAGCAUGACAAAUGCAUUUAUAUAUAGGGCACAAAUAUAAGUCUGUCCGAUGAUUCAAAAAAACGAAAUGCUUUCGCCCAUGCGUAAUUAUUAUAUUUAAUAGAAUGGUUUGGAAAUGAAGCAAUAAAAAUGUAACCUAGAGUAUAAACAAAAUAACAUUGCGGCCAGUCCGAUUUGUUUGAGUCGUCACCGUAGACUCGUUUCUAGUCAAUCAAAUUGUUUCAUAAAGAUUAGUAAUACUAGAUUUGUAAUGCUAGACGAUCCGGCCACACUAGACGUUAGCUAUUAUGAGUAAUCAUAAUCAUUUAGACUCAAUUUUACUAUAAAAAUAGCUUAUAAAGCAGUAUAACGAUAGUUUCAAAUCUUUAUUUUAAUUGUAAUUUCAUUUGUAAUUUAACAACAAUUUCGACAAUAAAAUUUAUUAUUUUACUUUAUAAUAAGAUCGUGUACAGUUAUGCUACAUUUUAUUUUAACUAUUGAAAAACGUGACAUUACCCUGGCAUGAUGACAUCAAUUUUAUAUUGAGUCUCUCGAUUGAAAGAAGUAAAAUUACGUACUUGUCUUAUCAUCAACAAUGUUUUUAAAUAAUUAAAGUGAUAACAUCACGGAAAAAAUGCAACCAAUAUGUAUCAAAAAGAAAACAGUUUACAAAAAUAAAACUGUUUAAAUAAUUGUCACGAAAUUUGCGCAACAAUAACUUUUGUAAAUGCAUUAUGCAAUCAGAAUUAUAUUGAGUCAAUCCGCCGUUUCAGUUAAUAAAGAUUAAAUGCUUAUUUAAGUAGUUUAUUCGGGCUUGGAGAUCUCGUUUGACCGAGUUUCAUUCGAUCUAACGGGCUUCCUUUCUUAAUAUGGUAAUUCUGCACAACCAGCUAAAUAUCGUUAAAGGUGGGCAAAUGUAACUGGCUCGUACAAAGCACACGCCAAUCGUAUGUCAAAAAGUCGUCGCUGCAAGUAACGAGUGCAACGAGCUGUUAUCCGCAACGGACGUUAAUUACGAUAAAGAAUGUGAACCGACAUUGGGAAUGCGAGACGUCCGGAAAUGAAUUACUUAGAAAAAAAUUGACGAGAGAGUAUGACUGACAGCAUAACGCGAUAAAAGAAAUUAUAAAUACAAUGAUCUCUUAGAGAGUUAUGAGAUAACAAAGUGUAUACGCAAAUCGUAUUACUUGAAUUUUAUUUCUUUGAUGCGAAAGGAAAAGACUUAAAUUGGAGAUUUAAAUAAUCAAAUCAAAGCAAAGGAAAGCGAAUAAUGUCGUGUCUUGCCGCGCCCUUGCAAUUUUUAUCCUCAUCAUAUUUUCAACAGACGCGACAGGAUCUGUUUCGGAAACAAAAUUCAUAUUUAGAAAUGUAUAUUUUGCUUAAUUUUGGUUUCUUCCUUUUCCUUUAGAUAACAUGUUUCGUAAUUCGCGUUAUCUGUCAUACGAAUUGCGUGGCAAUGAACAUGAAAGAUAACGGAAAAAUUUCCAACGCAGAAGUAUUGAUAAAUUAAAAAAGAAAAAAGCGAACGAGAUAUUCAGAAAUUUUUUUAGUUUUGCAUUGUUCAAAAUAUUAUUUACGUAUUACGUAUUGCGCAUUUCCAUCACAAUACGUGACUCAGAGACAAUUCACGUUCUCGGUUCGCGAUGCAAAUCGCUUCGUAAAGCGACAUUUGCUGAAAAGUAAAAAAUAUAAUAAUUUUUACAAAAGAAUUUCAAUGCGCACAAAAGUUUUUAUUGCGAAAUUCCCCUACUGCGAGUUUCAUCUCAUAAAGUGCACGCGUUCGUUCCGUCACACGUUAAAUUAUUCGUGCUCAUUUGAAUGUCAGAGGCGAAAAAUUAAAUAGCGCGACGCGAAUGGAACACGUCUUGAGUUUCCUCCGUGUGAAAUCGCACGAUAAAGCUAUCCUUGAAUAGAAGCAUAGAAAAUGUAGACUAAUGUUACUUAGCUGCAAAGGCACUUGACAGUGUUAGAGAAGAAGGUAAUCGUUGAAUGGGAUCUCAGUAAGAGUUUAUGCAGGAAUCUGAGUAGGAAAGAUCUAAAUAUAAAAAUGUAACAUGAAAUAUCGUGAAAGAAGAAUUUAUGCAAAUAUAAUGUAUAUGUAUAAAGAUAUUUUUUACUACUAUGCAAAAUAGGCAUGGAUAUUAAUAUAGUUUUCAUAUCUAUUUGUCUUGAUCUCAACACGUUAUUUUAAAACAUCAGUCGCGCACUGAUUUUGCUAAACGCGAGCUAAGCAUGUUUUGUUUUUUUUUUUGAAAUGUUUGCCGACAAAAACGCUUGUCAGCAAUUCGUCGCGUCUAAUUUGCAAUUGUAAUUAUUCCGCUCACAUACAGUCUUUCUCAUUAACAGUUUGCGUUGCUGGACUUUUCGAGGAAUUCGUUCGAUCUAUGCAAAAAAUCGCAUUUGAGAGCAUAUACUAUCCUCUGCAGACUAGUCAGCGAAGCGAUUUUGAUCUUCAAUUACCGCUCAUGCUCCUCAGGUUUUCAAUCUGACGCGGUUUUAAAAUCACAGAUAAAAUAUAGAUAAUAAAUCUAUCUAUUAGAAGCAUAAAUCUAUCAGUUUAUCCAUCGAAAAAGUUACGCAGCUAUUUGUCGGCGAUAACAGACAAUGACCUAGUGGUGCAUCUUGAAAGAAGCGCAUUCACGAAUUGCUUACUUUAACGCGUGAGCGAUCGAAGAGGACUAAGUGGAAGCUAAAGGCGAAGCUAAGGUGGAAGCUAAGAAGUUUCUCGAAGCUGGGGUACGUAUCGUGGAGGGAGAAAGGUACUGAAAGUGGGAAUCGUCAGCUGGCAUCAUUCUUGGGAAGAGGUAUAUCCAGCAGUGCACCGUAGGUCGUGGAUUAAAUGGUAAAAUUGCGUGCCGGAGGAAGAUGUGACUUGUGAGAAAGUUGCAGACGAUUGAAUGCCAAUGAGAGAGUAACCGGUGACGGAUCGAAGAAUUAGAAAUAUUUGCGAUAUUUACUUUCCGAUAAUAUAUUUUCUCCGUAUACAAAGGAAGAACGUUGAACUUUGGAGUCACGUCUCCUGUGAAUGAUUUAUUAGUAACUAAUGUAUAUUCAUUAAUCACCGGUGGCUGUAUUAUCAAAGAAUUCGUGAUAAGAUCAGAGGUGCUUUUUCCACUGUGAGCAAAUAUCUUCAUCGUUUACGAGGAAAAAGAGGCGGUGCCUUUGUGCUCCGUUUUAUAUGAUUUCUUAGUAACUAUACAAGCUAACUGUGAUUUUAAGCCGAUCACUGUAAAAGGCCAAUAAAAAACUUGCCAGAUUGAUUGAAUCGGCACACAUUUUAACCAAAGUAAUAUAAUCCGCUGAGAAGGAAGUACGUUGAACUUAGUACUUCAUUUUAUGCAAAUAGUUUACCAUUAACAAAACGAGUCGGUGCCAAUCACUGACUACACAUAAGAACGUGAGCUAAACGACGUUGUUAAAUAUACAAAAUAUUUUUAUUACAUCCUGCGGUUGUCCUUUGAUUCGAAAAAAUUUUCAAGGAACGUUAAAAAAAGAAACAGCUACCAGGUUAGAGCCGCUCGGCCGAGAGAAGUCGAAGACGAGACGAUAUUCACGACGACGAUACAGUUGUUGAAGUGAAGCAGCGUAGAGGGGAAAAAGGAAAAAGACAGACUCACAGAAGAAAGAGAGAGGGGCAAACCUACGGGUUCAAGUAACAAACCGAUUUAGCAAGAGCGCACGUGCUCUGAGGGAGGGAUAUAGAAAGGAACGAGAACGGUUUGCCGAAAUAAUAAGAAAAGAUAGACAGAGGAAAGGAGAAGAAACGAUAGAUAGAGAAGAAAAACAAGGAGAUUGACAAAGAGAAAAAUAUUAGGUCAAUAGAAGCGAAAAGAAACGGCGACCCUUCUUGAAACUGGUCUUCGGGAUGGGUAAAAACAGUCUGACGAGUUCGCAUGCGGCCAACAACGUUUUCGAUGAGGAAGCUAUCUUGAAGAAGGCACGAUGGCGCAAUCUCAUAGCCUUCUGGAUCCUGGGUCUGUGCAACAAUUACGGCUAUGUUGUGAUGCUCAGCGCGGCUCAUGACAUUCUUCAGACCAAAUUCGGUGAGAAGGUGAGUAGCUCUUCACAUAAUUCUCGAUCCGGAAUUCGCACAUGCAAUACUGUUUCAACCGGUGCUAUACUUUUGGCGGAUAUUCUGCCAGCACUGGCGAUCAAGAUCACGGCGCCGUUUCUACCAUUUCUAGUACAUGCUCGACUGGCUACCUGUGUGUUAUUUUCCGCUGCAGGAUUCCUUUUGGUGUCGUUGAGCACUACCGAAUGGCUCGCCAUUCUGGGCGUCGUUGUUACAUCGCUCUCUUCCGGCUUGGGUGAAGUUACACUUCUCAGUUACAGUAACCAGUUCUCCAAGCAAGUGAUUUCAACAUGGUCAUCUGGUACGGGUGGCGCCGGAGUGAUCGGCGCCGUUUCCUAUGCCGGACUCACUAUGCUGCUAAGCACCGAGCAUACGUUGCUAGCUAUGUUGGCCGUGCCACUCUUACAAGCAAUCACGUUCUGGUUUAUCCUUAAACACCCGGGACACACCAGAAUCCCGAUCACCAAGAACGGUAUUGACAGUCAAGAGCAGAUUAUCCAAGUUCCCAAGAAGAGUUUCAGAGACAAGAUCAAUUUGGUGCCCGGAUUGCUGAAGUACAUGAUACCGCUCGGGCUAGUUUACUUGUUCGAAUAUUUCAUCAAUCAAGGCCUGUACGAACUUAUCGAAUUUGAUGGCAUUUGGUUGACACACGCCGAACAAUACAGAUGGCUCCAAGUAGAUUAUCAGAUAGGUGUAUUUAUCUCAAGGUCGUCGGUAAACAUAGUCACCAUUAAUAAGAUUUGGAUCAUGUCCGUGUUGCAGUUUGUUAACGUUAUAAUCCUGCUGUUCGAGGCCAUUUACUACUACAUACCGAACAUAUGGAUCGUUUUUGCCCUUGUAUUGUGGGAGGGUCUGCUUGGCGGUGGAGCGUACGUGAACACGUUUUAUCGAAUGUCGACAGAGAUUCCAAGAGCAGAUCGUGAAAGUUCUUUGGGAAUCGCGACGAUGGCAGACUCAAUCGGAAUUGCGUUGGCCGGAUGGUUGUCCAUGCCUGUUCACAAUGCCAUUUGCAAAAUGCCACAGCCAAAGCGAUUAGGCAGCUAAAAAUAUCGCGGUGAUUCGCCCGCUAGUGAUAAUAAAGUUUCCGUGAGCGGAAACUAUCGCUUCCAAAAGUUCCUCAACGCAAUAUGCGAUUAAGAGGCGAAGAAAAUGCGGAUGAUUUAUUUUAUUAAUUAAGCGAUUGUGUGUAGAUCAAACAUAACUGCUUGACCGCGCAUUCGCGGGAUCGUGAAGUAAUCGACGUUCCGAUUUAUCUUCUAGCUCUGUAGAAAGUUCGUGAUAUUUUGAAGAAAAUAAAAAAAAAAUGUAAAAAUUAGCAAAGCAAACGAUCGGAGUGCAUGUAGCACAAUGAUGCAUUGUUAUCUUUUAAUAUUAUUUUAUAAAUAUUGUUAUUUAUUGGAUUUUAUAAAUGCUUUUAUAACUUUUAAAGCCACACGACCGUGUCGCUUGCAGAAACUUUUCGAACCAAUUAUAAGCAACUUUGAUUACAAUGUAUUACAAAUGUUCGAGCUUUAUUCGAUAUAAACGUUUAAAAUAUUAGGAACAGGGCAUACACUGCAGUACAUGUCGCAUUAAAUAUACAUAAUACAUUAUACAGCGACGUAGCAUAUAAUAUAUGAAUUGUACCAUCUGCGUUUUCGCUGCGGAAUGAAACAAAUCUAUUCCGAAGUAAUUGUAUAUCCUGCGUUGUAUAUACUGUAGGCCUAUUUGUUUUACAAUGCUGUAUCUAAAUUUGGACUUGUACUGUAGUCUCGUGGUUUAGUGUUUCCUGAUACCGUAGACAUACUCUAAAAUUAUUGUUAGUUAGAUUUUCAUAUUGUUACCAUACUUGCUUCGACGAAAUGAGAUGGUCAAGUAUUUUCAUACGUCGUAAGCGAUUCCGCAUCAUCGCGAUAUUGAAUGCUCAUAGACUCGAGAAGUUAUCUCAGUAUUAGUAGCCACAGUAACGAAUUGACCUCACCGAUGAAUUAGAAAUAAUGCACUUGGAUUAUACUGUCUCCUUCUUCACUUGCGAUUAGAUAUAAAAAUUACUAGUUCAAACUACAACGUUUCUACUUUGAUAUAUCGAUACUAUUUUUAUAUUUUGAUUGAAAAAUUGUGAUUGUGAGUAUUAUAGACAUUUACAUCGAUUUUAAUAAAGUGGCCGUUAAAGCUGUUGAGAUAAAUAUUUUUCUAUCUUGAGAGUAUGUGAUUGUUUCGACGAUACAAUCCGAGAAAGCAGCAACUCAGUGUGUUUUCAAAGGUCCAAUCUUUGUAUAACAUUUAAUAGUAACAAAUAAUUAUACGUUUUUUUAUCAGUAUAAAAAAUUACAAACAUAAUAAUAAUGUCGUAAAAUAUAUGUAGUACAAAGUAGUAAUUAAAAUUUUUAAGCAAUAUGAGAAAUAAAAAUUGAUUUAUAUUAUGAAAUUUUAAGUUGCUGCUUUUUAAACUGUGCUAUUGUCCAUGCUGUUUUACAGUUCAUCGAUUGCUUUUUAGUUCGAGAAAUAUUUCUUUAUGAAAAUAUCUACGCCAGCCUCUUAAACUUAGAACUACACACACAUACACACAUGAAUUUGUGAGACUCAAGAAGAGUUUUGAGUCAUUUCUUCAUGUUUUAAUAUUUGUUUUUUAAUUUAGCAAGUUAAUUAGAAUUAUGAUUUUAUGAUCACAUUCUACAGUGUUUGAUACUCACCUGAAAAAAGAUUUGUCAAAAAAUAUACUUUUUUACCAGAGUUAUAUAUAAAAAUAUCAAACCGGGUUUGAAAGACCCGUAUAUAAUCCGCGUAUAUAAAAACAUGUAUGUAGUUCUAAGAUUAAAUAAUGCGUGACUCGUAUGUGAUGAUAUUUUUACUACCAUUUAGUAGGACGUAAACAGCGAAUAUAUGUUGCUAGAGAUUACUUUUACUACGUUACGAUAAUGUUACCUUUCUUGAGGAGAAUUUAGAACGAGAAUAAUUGCGAUAUGGAUAUGUCUCUAUCAUCUCGAUGUAUAAAACAAGUAUUUUUUGUUUAUAGCAAAUAAAUAUUUAAUAAAAA